UCUAAAUUGUAUUCAUUCUCUCUUUUGUUGAGCUGUUUUUCCCUGGUUAGCUACUCUUGAGUCUUUGUUUGACCUUAUACAUAUUUAGAAGACAUUUAUUGCAAUUAAAAUGUCCACGUGUGUGUAUGGUAUAGCCGUAUAGCUACUUAAAAUUAUCCAUGUACUACAUACGAUACUUCUGACGUAAUAUAAAUAUUGAUAUUAUUUUGAGAUAAAAUUAUACUAAUUAAUUAUAAGAUUCAAGAAUCUAUACUCCAUCUCAUUGCUUUAUAUGUAAACACACACAUAACCUUAUUGGUUUUAAUCUCCUGAAUAAUUCGCGGAGUUCAGAGAGAAAGAAAGGAAGCUUUUAUCAAAGGCUUUAGCUUCAGGAAAAGACAGAUUCUAUUCUUUUAAGUCUCCUCUUUCUUCGCUUUUCCACUUCUUCUCCUUUCCGACAAAAAGAGAAGAAAACGGUAUUACAAAACUCUUUACCUUCUCCUGUCCUAAUAUUUGGCCUGUGUUUAAUUUCGUUCAAAACAACUUGCAUCAUCUGGCAUUAAAGAAAGGGGAGAAGAAUCUUGAUAGUACUAUAUAAAUAGAGGGGACUUUCUUCAGCUGCAAGUCAUGGGAGAUCAUUUCGUGCUGUUUAUGGAUCGGUUGAUAACAGAAGCCACGAUUGAGGAAGCGAUUCAUAACAGGAACCGUAUGUUGCAAGCCAACGCACCUGUCGAGGAGGAAUGUAUUAGAGUCCUCGAUGAGAAAACACUUGAGAAGCUGCGUAACGGAGAUUUGUCGAUGGUGCUGUGUAGGAUUUGUCACGAUGAGGAUUUGGAUUCUAACAUGGAGACUCCUUGUUCUUGCAGCGGCAGCUUGAAGUAUGCACAUAGGAGGUGUGUGCAGAGAUGGUGUAACGAGAAAGGAAACACCAACUGCGAGAUUUGCCAUCAGGGAUUCAAGCCUGAUUAUACAGCGCCAGCUCCUUUGUUAGAGUUGGGACAUGUUCCUCUUCAUUUCAGGGGAAACUGGGCAAUAUCUCAACGUGAGCAUCCUCGUUUCAUCACAGUUGUACCUGCUGAUCCCACUUUCAUCCACGAUCAUCAUCAUCAUCAUCAAUAUCCUCUUUCUUCCACCACAAGCUUCAUCUGUUGCCGUUCCCUUGUUCUCAUCUUUAUGGCUCUUCUGAUUCUCCGACACACACUUCCCUUAGUCCUUACCGGAUCAAACCUCCAUGUCUUCCCUUUGUUCAUGUUGUUGUUUCUGAGGAUACUCGGGAUCAUGCUACCCAUCUAUGUCGUCACCAAAGCAGUCGCCACCUGCCGCCGCCACUCUCAGAACUUUGAAACCUCUGACUCUGAAGAUUCAUCUGAUGAAGAAGCAGAGUUGUGGCGUUUGCCUCAAACGCAAUCUUACAUUAUAGGCGUGCCAUGAUCACUGUUUAUUUCUUUUCACAUAUACACCAAAUGACGAUCUCUUUGUAAAUAUACAUACACUCUCACUUAUACAUGUAACAUGUUGAAUUGAAUUUAACAGAUUGAAGUUGAACAAUAGAAAACAUAUCUUUCAGUA